AUGAAGAUUCUCUCUGUGAUUAUUGCUUCCUGUGUAAUGGUCUGCUCUGCGCAAGUGACCAAUCCAUGUCCCACGGGUUUUGAGGUCUUCUGGUAUGACUCUAUAGCCCCCGUGUGCAUCAAAUUCGCCAUGUACGUUAAAGGAACCUGGGAAAACCUGCGUGCGAUGUGCCAGGCAGAGGGCGCUGAUCUGGCUGUGUUAAAAGACGACCUUCAUUACCAGGUCGUCCAGUAUAUCAAUAGUCAUCCGGACCUGAUGGACGAAGCUUUCUGGAUCGGCGGGACAGAUGAGGGUCAUGAGGGAAGCUGGGUCUGGGCAAUCAACAACGAGGCAAUGGACAUGCUCACCCCUCCCUGGUACCCGGGGCAGCCCAACCACGGAACGGCUGCGAAUUAUGCCUGCCUCUACACACCCGACUUCAUGUUCCACAGCUGCGACAACGACAGGAAAAUUUAUGCUCUUUGUCAGAUCUAA